ACAUAGAUCGCUUCCUUGAAGCAACGAAAGAAAGAAAGAAAGAAAGAAAGAAAGAAAGAAAGAAAGUUCUUGACAAAUUGUUUCCAAAGAAGUAUAAUUGAAUCGAAAGAUCAUGUGGUUCAAGAUCUAUAGUCACAAUAUGGUGAUUUGGUUGGUUUUACUGCUUCUGGGUUCGAACCUUCUCUGCAAUUCAAUCGCUUCCGCUUCCCUUUCCUCUUCGACUGACACCACCAUGCACACUAACAACUGGGCUGUCUUGGUCUGCACCUCUCGCUUCUGGUUUAAUUAUCGACACAUGGCUAAUACUUUAUCAUUGUAUAGGACUGUUAAGCGAUUAGGAAUACCUGAUGAGAGGAUAAUACUCAUGUUGGCUGAUGAUAUGGCUUGCAAUGCUAGGAACAAGUACCCUGCUCAAGUCUUCAACAAUGAAAAUCAUAGACUUAACUUGUAUGGAGAUAAUGUUGAGGUAGAUUAUCGAGGUUAUGAAGUGACAGUUGAAAACUUUUUGCGGGUUUUGACUGGGCGCCAUGAGGCUGCUGUUCCAAGAUCAAAGCGUCUUUUAAGCGAUGAAGGAAGUCACAUUCUCUUGUACAUGACAGGACAUGGAGGAGAUGAAUUCUUAAAAUUUCAGGACUCUGAAGAGCUCCAAAGUCAUGAUUUGGCUGAUGCUGUGAAGCAAAUGAAGGAAAAGCGUAGGUUCAAGGAAUUGCUGAUAAUGGUGGAUACUUGCCAAGCUGCCACUCUAUUCAAUCAGCUUCAUUCACCUGGUGUUUUGGCUAUUGGAAGUAGCAUGAAAGGCGAGAACUCAUACUCACAUCAUCUGGAUUCUGAUGUUGGUGUUUCUGUUGUGGAUCGUUUUACGUUCUAUACCCUUGCAUUCUUUGAGAGGCUAAAUAUGUAUGACAAUGCCUCACUAAGCAGUCUUUUCACUUCAUAUAAUCCAAAUACACUGAUGUCGACUGCAUAUUACCGAACAGAUCUAUACCAACGACGUUUGGAGCAGGUCCCAGUGACAAACUUCUUUGGUUCAGUCAUGGAAACCAUACAUACCGAUUCUGCUUAUCGAAUCCAUCAAAGAAAAGACACCGACAAAGGACCUAUGGAGAAAUUAGUUCACCAUGGCGAGAGGACCUUGAUACCUUCAAAUAAGGAGGAUCAAAUUAGUGAUAGUAAGACACAGGUUCAUGUUUGCUCUUUUACACAAAUGUGGAGUACAAUUAACAGCAAGGUGGAAAGAAUUGAAGAUGUUGAUUCCUUGGUGAAUUAUUGUUUGAUAGUUAUGCUUCCAAUUUUGAUACUUUCUGUGUGGUUGUCAACACUUAUCAUGAAGAAUUGAAGCAUCAUUUUGAGCAUCUUGUGUUUGAAUCAUCUCAAUUCUCAGCAUCAGGCGGCAGUGCUGUUGCCAGCCAAAUCUUAUCAGUCUUAUUAUUUACCAGGCUGGAUCUCCUGCUGUAUCAAUUUGAUUAAUAUUUUCCAUUGUUGUAGCAUUAUGAUUCCUAGGCUUCAGUGUCUUGGGUGAGGACAGUGUAGUAUGGAAUUGACCUAAUAUUGGAGAAGGGCACUUCUGAUUCUGAA